GUUCCGAGCGGGUUCUGUUUUCACAAACACUCCUAAGCAUUUUUAUCCGUGAGUCGGAAAAUACACAAAAUCACUGGAUACUAUGGAGCCAUCCAACCGUUGAGUGUUGUUCCAGGAGGAAUAUCUGAAUACUUAACCACAACUGCCAGAAAUAACACACAUCUCUUGGGCUCAAUGAACUUCCAAUUGCAUUUUUAUAAAAGGGAGAAGAACCCAUGUUUUAAAGGUGCAUGAUAACCUUUUGGAGAAUAAUUACCAAAUACUUUUGGAAAAAUAAAUAGUAGACAUUUACAUCAUACUAUCUAAGGAUGUAAUUUAAUUCUUUCAAUCUAUAAAAAUGUUCCAACUGCAGGAACUUCCAAGUGUUCACAGUCAGAAGCAGUGUGCAGAUUCUUUCCAUUACAGAAUGUGACAUGAAUUCGCUGGUUGCCUAUGACUCCUCUGAUUCAGAGACAGAUAAUGAUGAAAGUGAAGAAAUCAAGUACAUUCAGAAAGAAGAUAAUUUUGCUCACUCUAACUUUAAACUUCAGUCUGUAUUUCCAACUACCACAAGACUGGAAUCAUCUGGAUGUGGUCUAGAGGUAAAAAUUGCUUCAUCUAGUAGCAAUGUGGAAUGCAAUUUGAACAGUACACAGAACUUUGCACAGAAACACAGUGUAACUUCCAGACCUGCAGUGAUGACUUUAAAUGAUGAGACAAGCUUUCAGUUUUCUAAAAGUGUCUGUGAAAAUCCACUGGCUGUGAUGCAGAAAUCUGGCAGAACUGGAAAGAUGGUCCCUUCAGCUCAUAAAAGAUUAUUUCAAGAUUCAGUGACUGGUGCUCAAAAUAUUAAACCUUACGUACCCAAGCGAUUGAGGCAGAAAGAAGCUGCAAAUAAUAAAAGCAAAGAGCUUCAAGAAAGCACAGACAUUCUAAACACUGGGAUAGGUUGUACUGCACCAGGAGAACACCAGUUAGGUCUCCUAAACAAAGUUUCAGACUUCAUAAAGCCCUAUUUGGAAAACCAACAUAAGACCUCAAACAUCCCUAAAUGCUUGGUGUUUCAGAUGUCUCAGCACCAAGGACCAGUAACCACAAUACAGUGGUGUCCUGUGGAUCAACACAGCCACUUGCUGCUCUCUGCCUCCAUGGAUAAGUCAAUAAAGAUAUGGGAUGCCAUUGAAACAGGCAGGUGUUUAAAGAAUUACUUAUGCCAUUCAGGGGCAGUUCGUGAUGCUCAGUGGUCUUUGUGUGGAAGACAGAUUCUCAGUGGUGGAUUCGAUUCUAUGCUCCAUCUCACAGAUAUUGAAACAGGUAAACAAGUCAUCAGUUUUUGUAAUGAAUUUCAAAUCACUUGCUUGGCAUUCAGUCCUACGAAUCAAAAUGUCUUCUUGAGCGGAGGGUUCAGUUCAACAGUGAAAGCAUGGGAUACAAGAAGUUGCAAGGUGGUGAAUGAAUACAGUGCUGGAAUACAGCAAACACUCGACAUUCUUUUCCUGCCAGGAGGAACUGAAUUUCUUACCAGUACAGAUGCUGUCAGCAGAGACUCAGCAGACCGCACAAUCAUUGCCUGGGAUUUCCAGACUUCUGCAAAAAUAUCCAAUCAAAUAUUCCAUGAAAGAUACACCAUCCCAUGCAUGGCUCUCCAUCCCAAAGAACCUGUCUUUGUUGCUCAAACUAAUGGCAACUACAUGGUGCUAUUUUCUACUCAGAGACCUUACAGGAUGAACAAAAGGAAACGAUAUGAAGGUCAUAAGGUGGAAGGUUAUGCAGUGGGCUGCAAAUUUUCACAUGAUGGAACUCUACUUGCUUCAGGAAGUUCAGAUGGGACAGUAUGUUUUUACAACUACCUGAAUUCAAAACUGGUUCGUACUUUGCCUGCCCACAAGCAAGCCUGUACUGAUGUUUCAUUUCACCCUGUGCACCCAUCCAUUAUUGCAACUUCUGACUGGAGUGGAGAAAUCAAAUUGUGGCAGUGAUGGUCAGUUAAAUAGCAGUAAGUGGGAGGUAAACUUGAGGUGUGAGUGAAUAACAUUGUUCAUUAUUCUGUCCUAGCAUCAGAGAAUACUCGUUUUCUCGGAAAGAACAACUUAAUUUAAUUUCUGUUAGUACAUAGAAUAUUGUGUUGAUUGAUUCAGUCAUGUACUUCAUAUUCUAUAACUCAUAAUAAAUAGAAAUAUGAGGGUUAAAGAAGACUGAGUAUCAAGAUGCUAAUUUGGUGGUUGGUUUGGUCCAUGACUAAUAUAUAUAUGCAGAUGUAUGAACAUUGUUUGAUCCCAUUAAAUUAUGCUCAUGAUUCAGUGAACCACUUAGUUUUUAAAAAGGUACUGAAGCAGUGAAAUGAACCAAUGCUUCAAUAGACCACAAUUUUAGGCAAGUUUUUUUUUGGUGUAAUUUGAAUCAAUGGUAGAAGCAGAAAUGAUUUUUUCACCAAGAAUGAUGCAAUAUGCACUAAUAAUCACAUUGUGCAGUGUUAUUACUGUUAUAUUCAUUAACAUGUCAAAUGGGAUGGUGUUCCACUUAUUGAUGUAUUUAGGCCCUGCUCAUUAUGUUACAUGCCAGUGCAGUCCACUUCCGCAUCAAAAGUGUGCCAUGGGUUUCACUUUGCUGGAUGAUCAAAAUCUAUCAAGUAUUAUACCAAUGAAGGUAGUUUUAUGUUUCUUUGUUAUUCAAUAAUGACUGAUGCUGACAGAUUGUAAUGGUCAGUUGAUAAGGAAAACUACCUGGUUGCUGGGUUGGGUAGUAGCUCAAUGUAGCAACAUUUGUGAUGAGAUGUAUUUUGUGAAGUCAAUUAAAAUUAAUUAUUGAAGAUGGCAGCAUAACAUUAAUUCCUUUCUUCAAAUGAAUUUGUAACAUUUCACUUUAUUAAAAACUUUUAAAGUUACUUUCCUUCAAUAAUUCUCCAUAUUCUGACCAAAUGGAGGCCAGCUGUAUCAUGCAUUACUAUUUACAUGAAUAACUCGAAUUUCCUCCUGUAAAUUGCAGAAAUUGCUUUGUAUUGUGUAGAUAGUUCAGAGAUUGUUAACAGGACAUUUAAAUUAUGGAAUUAACUCAAAAUCAUCAUCAACUUAGUUCAAACAUUUUAAAACAAUACUGCUUGGAAACAAAAGCCUUCUGACUUUAGUAGUUCCAGUGUUUUAAAGCAAUGAUUUAUCAUGAUAUAGGAACUCUCUUGGAAUCAUUUCUGUAGGGAUGCAAGGAAAUGUCAGGAAUGGAACGAAGUGAUUAGCAAUCCAGUGAGUCAACAGAGGUUCAAACUGCAUUUUUCUGUGUUGUAAAAUUGUGUGCUUUUCAAAAAUCAGUUGAGAUUAACUCUGCUUAGGGAGAAAAGUAUAAAAACUUGUGUAAAAUUCUUUCAAAUGUUCAAAGAAAAUCACAGCUUCA